AUGCGGGGAGAGAAGAAAGCCCACAUCUCCGCAUUUCGCUCACGGGCUUCUUCUUCCUCACCUACCCUCUCUACACCAUUCAAAGCCGAACGCUAUGCGCACCGUAUCUCGUUCCCAUGCCAUAUGCCGCCUUCCCUCCACCUCGCCCGGAUGCAUACCUUUUGCGAGAUUACGAAAACGACGCUUCACCAGAUGCUCGUGGAGAUUCGACAUAUGUGCGCAAGUUUAUCCGGCAGCCUCUUCUUUCGCAGUGCGCUGUUGCCACCGUGGGUAGCCUUAAUAUCUUCCGCUUCACUGCGGCGGCUCUCAAAACGGGAUGUUGUUAGCUUCGUUCUGCUGCGUCACUGCCUGGCCUUUACCGUCGCGUUCUACCGCGCUGUCGCUGACGGCACGUCAGUCGUUUUGUCGUUUUUCGUCCCGUCAUUUCUCCUUUCUCGCUCCGCUAUUCCCGGCGGUUCCACAUGCCGUGCCCCGCUGCCGGCGCCACUCGAGCCCAUGCGCUGCGUCGGCUCCAUUGUCAGCGCGGUCGAUGACACGUCGCUGGAAGUCGACAGCCUCCGCGAUCCGAGUGAACAGGCUGCGGAGGUCGCGUCAGACAUUGCCAGUCUUACGCGCUCGGCGCUGGGAUCUCCAGAGAGUCUCCCUUCGUCUCUCCAAGUGACUUGCCCCGACCGCUCCGUCCCUCCGCUUCCCCACCAGAGCGGUCGAGGCGAGAGGAGUGCUGUCGCCCAAGACGCUCCACCAGCCGGCUUUGACGCGGAGGCGGAACCGGCCGAAGAAGGCGGAACGCAUGAACCAGCAAGGACCGAGAUGGUCAGGGUUCCACGGCAAGACACCCGAGGAAGAGAGAUCGCGCCUGUCAUUCUCAAGCUCCUCACAGAGUGUGCAGUGUAUCCGCUGUUGACGGUCGCCACGCGCAUGGUGGUGAUUGAGGGACCGCCGUAUUCCCCAACACCCGAGUCGCUCUCGUGGUCCAGUUCCCUCCCCGCACCCCUCGCCGCCGCCUACUCCUUCUUCGUCCCGAGAUACUUGCAUGUGACAAUGCUCGAAAUGGUCCGGCUGACGUACGCGGCAGACGGCGUCGCAGGCUUUUACGGGGGCCUUCUUCCCUUCCUCUUGUCGCGGUGUGUGGACGACAGUGCCCAGGCGUUGAUGCGUCUUUUCGUCGUCGAGAACAAAGAGGGCAAGAAAGAAGAGAAGGAGCCUGCACUUCGCGCGACGGACGCCGCAGCGAUGCUUGCUCGACGCACAGGCGCGGAGAGUGCGUAUUCGACUGUGUGGGCGAGGAGUCUCGCCGCGGACAGGCGAGAAGACGACGCGAGCAGCCAGCUGGCCAUCGCCCCUCCGUUCGCGAGGCGAGGCCAGGCAGGUGAUUUCGAGCGGAACGACGGGGUGACCGGCGCAGGGAUUCCGCCCCAAACCCACUACCAAAUACCCCGAGGUGGACUUUUCGGUUUGGGACGAGGGCGGGGCACUGGAUGGCCACCUCACCUUUCUCUCGGAGACACGCUCGCUGGCGACAGCUCCCGCGGAGCGAGAGAUAACGCUGACGCGUGUCCCCAGGGCGAACGCGAACGCGACGAAGGUCGCUGGAGCCCUAGGCGAGUGAUAGGAUUUGAGAGCAGGAGACCACAAGGAGUUGGAGACAUGAGAGGAUCUGGAGGCGCCGAGCGUCCGGCGGCCGCAGAAGGGGCCAGCCGCGGAGGCGGGAUAGACGACAGCCUGCAUCAGGUUGAAAUGUACACCAUGCGAGCUUGUUUCGCUGCGGUAUUGAGCACAGCGGUCACGCCCUUUUCACAGCUCGCUCUGGUUCAGCGUUGCCAGUCAAAUCUCGAGGGGCUCUGCGUGCGUCGCUCGUGGCUGGACGUCCUGGCGGGAAUGCCAUGGAAGACCUUCUUCCUGCAGUUCGCGGUCUCUCUCACCUUCCUCAUUAUCAACAGUUUGAUGGCGGCAACUCUGCACGAGAACGAGGUGAAGAGGAAGGUGAGAGAGGCGAAUGACGAAGAAGGCGAUGACUUUUGA